AUGGUUCUCAAUCCACUGUUUCAAUUAAAAGGAGCAGAAUCCAGUCUUGGUAUUCAAAAGCUGAAAUUAUCAUCUGACGCUGAUAAUGAAUCUUCUUCGAAGUAUUAUCGUGGUUCCUGUGGAAGAAGUGUACCAACCAGCGUGCACGUUAUGCUAGAACGGAAAGCGAGAGUAUGGCCCGGUCCAAGCAAACCAUCUCGUGCAGAAAUGAGUUUGUUUUUCCGUCCACUUGUUAAUGAACUUCUUGCACUUGAGCAGGGUAUGGCAUUCUCCCUACAUAAUGAUGAUGAUGAUGAUAUUCCUGUCACAGCAGGCGUCUUUUUCAUAGGUGCGUGCUGUGACAAACCAGCACAGAAUCUGCUCCAGUGUCUACCAGAACCCACAGCCGAGCAUGGCUGCAAUCGCUGUGAAGUCUCAGGUAUACCAUUUUGUUUGCAGAAACGAAAACUUUAUGAAACUCGUUUAUAG